UCUUAACCACUUUUUUUAAAAAUUGAUAUCAUCUUUGUGUCAUUUUGUUGCGCCUUGAAGUCAAAACUCCGCCAUAUUCAGUCCACCACGCCCGGAGCGUCAGCUAUCACAGUCGCCGUUACAGUCUGCUCAACUUAUUGCACAAAGUUAAUUUCCCCUUUUACUGGAGAGGAAGAAGGUGAAGUUGUAACCAGGAAUGAUUUUGAGCUCCGUGGGGGCAUGCUGCCUCAGCCCGGAGGCCAAAGAGGCUCGGAGGAUCAACGAUGAGAUUGAGAGGCAGCUCCGCCGGGACAAGAGGGAAUCCCGACGGGAAUAUAAACUCCUUUUGCUGGGAACUGGUGAAAGUGGCAAGAGCACGUUCAUUAAACAAAUGAGGAUCAUCCAUGGCCGUGGAUACUCUGAUGAAGACAAGAGAGGCUUCAAACAGCUGGUGUACCAGAACAUCUUCACAGCCAUGCAGGCCAUGAUCCAGGCCAUGAACGCACUGCAGAUCCCCUACAAGUAUGAGCACAACAAGGCCAACGCCACAACUGUCAAUAAGGCUGAUGUGGAAAAGGUGGUAACAUUAACCAACCCAUACAUUGAUGCCUUGAAGAGCUUGUGGAGCGACCCGGGAAUUCAGGAAUGUUACAAUCGGAAGCGGGAAUACCAGCUCUCAGACUCAGCCAAAUACUAUCUGGAUGACUUGGAUCGAAUCUCCGAUACUGGGUAUCUGCCAACUCAGCAAGAUGUGCUGAGGGUGAGGGUGCCCACAACCGGUAUCAUAGAGUACCCUUUUGACCUGGAGGGCGUGGUGUUCAGGAUGGUGGAUGUGGGUGGUCAGCGUUCAGAGAGGAGGAAAUGGAUCCACUGUUUUGAAAAUGUCACUUCCAUCAUGUUCCUGGUGGCACUUAGUGAGUACGAUCAGGCCCUCGCUGAGUCUUCCAAUGAGAACCGAAUGGAAGAAAGCAUGGCCUUGUUCAAGACAAUCAUAAGCUACAAGUGGUUCGAAGAAUCCUCGAUCAUCUUGUUCCUCAACAAGAUAGAUUUACUCGAGGAAAAAAUCAUGUAUUCACAUUUGGUUGACUACUUCCCUGAGUACGACGGUCCUCCACAGGACGUCGACGCGGGAAAAGCAUUCAUAUUAGACAUGUUUGUCAGUCUUAACCCAGAUGAGAAAAAAAUCAUCUACUCCCAUUUCACGUGCGCCACAGACACAGACAACGUCCGGUUUGUCUUCUGCGUGGUGAAGGACCACAUCUUGCAGGGCCACCUGGAUGCCUACAACUUGGUCUAAAAGUGUGGCGGUCUUGUUCUUCUUCUUUUUGCUGUAACUCAAUCGGCUUUGUACACCUGGCAGCCGGGAGAGCUCCUCUGUGGUUCUGUUUGCUUCACGCUGCUGUUGAACUCUUAAAUCCAAAAACAGGAAACGGAGAAGUAACGCGGCUUGUCGUCAAAUGGCUCCACUACUUAUGUAUUUCAAAUUUUCUAGUUACACUCUUUAAAGUGGAUGUCUUCAGCUAUUAUGAAGUGUGACGUUGAAAGCGUUGCCUUAGCGAGGAGCCUAUUAUAGUAAACACUGAAUUUUAUGGAGUGCUUUGUGUAGCAGUGUAAAAUAUUUCAGUGUCCUCAAGAGCCUCAGAGGACUUGUAAUGUACUGAGUCUCUGCUUCAGGAAAUCUGUGGAAGUGAAUGCAGACUAACUGCAAUGCAGCACCUCACAUCACUAAUCCAAGUUUGUCAUGGUUUGUUUUUCAAGCUAAAAAGUGUUCGAAGCAUCUGAAUGCUUAGGUUGUGUCUUGACUUAAAGGGAACUAGUCGUAAUCAACACUAAUGACACACUGACCUUAUUUACCACUGUUACUUGCACAUUGUAUAUUUUGUAGCGGUGGUUGUGUCGUACUUGCUCCAGUUUUCAAAUUUCAAUUCACUCGAUGCGCCUCACGUUUGUACGGUGUCCCAGAGAGGUCAAACGCUGCAACUUCAGAACUGCGCUGCGACUUAAAAACACCAACAAACCGAAAAUUUCUCCAAAUGCACACAAAACACAUUGG